AAUAUUCAUAGCACAGUUUAAACAGAUAAGAAUUUUCAAUGAAAACGAUACAGAAAGGGUGAUUUGAUUUGGAAACAAAAUGACGGUUUCAAUAUUUUUCAUGUGCUUCUUAUUACCUUCCGUUUUAAUAGCGUCGGUGAAAAGUGAAUGCCUUUACUAUGACUACUACAACUAUGUCUACAACUCCUACUACCACUGUUAUUAUGAAGUACCUGUAGGAACAAUCAUCGGGGCUGUCAUCGGAGGAAUCAUCGGACUCAUUAUCCUCUGUGUCAUCGUCGCUGUCAUCUGUGUUGUUGCCUGCAAGAAGAAAACAACAGGGAGAGUUAUCCAUCCCUCAAAUGUAUCCGCCAUUACCACAACAGCAACAUACAACUCGUAUCCAAGCUAUCCUCAACAGCAAGGCUGGGGUGUACAGCAACACGUAUGGGGAACACAUCAACAAGGAUGGGGGGUACACCUCAGUGGCUCCACUGGACACCACCAGCCACCACCUCCUGUAUCUCAACCAAUGCCACCACCAACUUACGCUGAAAACGUGAUUCAAGGACAACCCCCACAGAAUACUACUUAAUUUAAAUGCUUAUAGAUUUUUU